AUGGGCGCCUUACCUGCGCCACGCGUCUCCGAAUGUCGACCAUUCUACAAUUGCGGCGUCGAUUAUUGCGGACCGUUCCACAUCAAAGAAAAACGAUUUCGAAACCGCAAUCGCCUUAAAAUUUAUGUGGCCGUUUUUAUAUGCUUCGCGACAAAGGCCGUUCAUCUCGAGGUCGUUGGUGAUAUGACCACCGAAGCCUUCAUCGCGGCUUUAAAACGUUUCGUCGCGCGAAGAGGAAUCUGCCGGAACAUAUAUUCGGACAAUGGCACCAACUUCGUAGGCGCCAGCAACGAGAUGGCCGAAGUACAUCAAACGCUAGAGAAAGACGAAAGGGUGCAACGCUUCCUCGCGGACAAGGAAGUUUCGUGGCAUUUCAUACCGGCUCUUUCCCCUAAUUUCGGUGGACUGUGGGAAGCCGCAGUCAAAUCUUUUAAACACCACGUAAAACGGGUGGUCGGAGACGAACUAUUCACAUUCGAACAGUUCAACACAUUCGCGAUCGAAGUCGAGGCAAUUUUAAACUCCCGUCCAUUAACUCCUCUGUCAUCUGAUCCCAACGAUCCCUCCGCGUUAACUCCUGCUCAUUUCUUGAUUGGCACUUCUUUAACGAGCAUACCCGAGACCGAUUUCAGCAAUCUUCCCAGCAAUCGGUUGUCAAAUUGGCAACACAUUCAGAAGGUCAAGCAGGACUUCUGGACCAGAUGGCACAAGGAGUAUAUCCACCAGCUGAACGUGCGAACAAGGUGGAUCAAGGGUUCGCACGAGAUCAAGGAAGGAUCCCUGAUCAUCUUAAAAGAUGAUCAUUUUCCACCGCUACAAUGGCAUCUCGGACGAGUCGAGAAGGUGCAUCCAGGAGCGGACAACAUCAUCCGAGCAGUCACCGUCCGGACCAACCAGUGCACCUACCGACGCAACGUGAAGCAGCUGGCGCUGCUCCCAAUUCCAAACGAGGAACCUCCCCAACGAUAA